AUGGGAAAAGGAUGGUUCGUGCUGAUGGAAAGAUUAAAACGAAAUCCUCGUGAUAUACCCUGGACUGUACUGUACCGCCGCAAGCACAAAAAGGGUGUUCAUGGUGAAGAAAAUGCACAAAAGAAGCGUACGCGACGCGUUAUACAAAUAGCAUCUCGAGCAGUUGGUAACGUUUCACUGGAAGCUAUACUUGCAAAACGCAAUCAGAAACCGGAAUUUCGACGUGCCCAACGUGAGCAGGCAAUAAAGGCUGCGAAAGAAGCUGCGCGAGCAUCGAAGAGCGAGAAGAAAGCAGCGAAUAAGGCAUUAAAA